UACACUGUUCAUUUUAUUUGCCUUGUGACCAAUAGUUUUAUCAUGUCAGUGACAACGGAGCGUCGUGGGACCAAAGUGUAGAGGUUCAUCCGGGUGGCUUCCUCUUCCCCAGCAGACAGCACGCUCACCGACACGACCGAAAGGACUUGUGUUUUGAUUUGGCGACACGGACAUCGAUUAGCUAGCUCCAAUCUGUCAGGUUGAAUACCACUGACUUCCUUCUAGCUCCUGGCUGCAUUCUUAUUUAUCCUGCACUGAAAGGAUUUAACUUUUUCACGCAUUGUUAUUUCGUCUACCUGGAUGUGUGCUUAUGAGCCACAAGCGGACAGUGUAUAACAUACCAACCACAAGGCUGUCGAUGGGGGAAGUAAGUUGCCUGCCAGCCGUCUGCGAGGAUUUCUCUUUUCAUUUUCGGAGUCAUGGUCGACGCUUCGUCACUCUGUCAGAAUGAUGGGGAUUUCUUACAAGGCAAGCGGCUCCUUGGAUUGGUGUUAUAAUAUGUGAGUGCAGUGGAUGGCCGAGGCCUGGGCCUGCCUGCCUGCCUGCCUGCCUGCAUGUGCUGUUGUAUUGUGGCCUGGGUUUGGAAACACCUCCUCUGCACCGGAUCAGCGGCGUUAACUAGGGCUCCAGUAUUACCCCUGUUUUUAAAGUAGCUGCCUGGCCUGCACACACACAUUGGAAAGACGAUUCAUGUUGGAAUAAUAGAUGCGAUUUCUUGGCCGUGUGGAGCCCCGGUGGUGGGAAGAGCAACGGCGCUGGACCAGAGCGUGUGACAAACUUAGACACUUCUAAAAGAUGAAUGCGAUGCGUCCCAUGUGACAUGCUGUAGAUCACACUGUUCUAUCGAGACAGGAAAGCUGAAUUUCAUCAGGAGGAGGGAGGAGGGCGCAACUUCUAUCAUGGGGAACAUCUAGGGCCACUUACUUUUUUAUUUAUUUAAGGGGGGGCGGGUUAUUUUCCAUUCAGUAUUUUUGAUUUAUCAUUGUUAGUAGUGACAUUGUUUGGGCUGCACAGAUUUUUUGACUUGUGUGGUCAUUGCUACAUAUACAUACCCAUGAUAUGAUAUGAUUUCCGGUAUUAACCCCAGGCUACAAUAGCCUAAUGGUGUGCAAGCAAGAAAAUUAAUUUAGAGGAAGUAGGUCAGAUCCUUGUUGGCAUUAUGAUAAGGAGGCUCACCAGAGUGGUUUAUCUCCCCACAGAUUUGAAGUAGCUGUUGGUGGAUAAUUUAAACCCCAAAUCUGUUUCUGUAAGUUUCUAGAAGUUUCACUAGUCGUAGUGUUGCAGCCUGGUAGCCAUUAUCAUCACUUUUAGAAACAAGUUCUGAAAGUAGGCAUUUCAGCAUCAUUGAAUGGCUCUUUGCAGCACAACUGCUACAAAUGUCACAAAAAUGAUGGCUGCUUACAAUGGUGGCUCCUCAGCAGUGGCUGCCCAUCACCCACAUCACCACCACCAGCUCCAGCACCUUCCGCCUCCCCACAUGCACCACCACCACCAUCACCAUGCGGGCCAGCAUCACUUGCAGCACCCGGGCUCUGCUGCAGCCGUGCACACGGUCCAGCAACAUAACUCCACGGCUGCUGCUGCAGCAGUGAUGCUCAACCCCGGCCAGCAGCAGCCCUACUUCCCCUCUCCUGCCCCCGGACAGGCCCCUGGGCCGGCAGCGGCCGCAGCUCCUGCCCAAGUUCAAGCUGCUGCCGCUGCUGUCAAAGCUCACCACCACCACCACCAUCAGCAGCAUCAUCAGCAACACACGCACCAUCUACAACAGCAGCUGGACAUAGAGCCUGACAGGCCCAUUGGAUAUGGAGCAUUCGGGGUUGUGUGGUCAGUGACAGACCCCAGAGAUGGAAAGCGAGUUGCCCUCAAAAAGAUGCCCAAUGUCUUCCAAAACCUUGUUUCUUGCAAGAGGGUAUUUCGAGAACUGAAGAUGCUAUGUUUCUUUAAACAUGAAAAUGUGCUCUCUGCUCUGGACAUACUACAACCUCCACACAUCGACUACUUUGAAGAAAUCUAUGUGGUGACAGAACUGAUGCAAAGUGACCUCCAUAAGAUUAUCGUAUCACCACAGCCUCUGAGCUCAGACCAUGCUAAAGUCUUUCUUUAUCAGAUUUUACGAGGACUCAAAUACCUUCAUUCUGCUGGCAUUUUACACCGAGACAUCAAGCCUGGGAACCUCCUGGUCAACAGCAAUUGUGUGCUCAAGAUUUGUGAUUUUGGCCUGGCCCGGGUGGAGGAGUCAGACGAGGCACGGCACAUGACUCAGGAAGUGGUGACGCAGUACUACCGAGCUCCAGAGAUCCUCAUGGGGAGCCGUCACUACUCCAACUCCAUCGAUAUCUGGUCUGUAGGCUGCAUCUUUGCUGAGCUGCUGGGGCGACGCAUUCUCUUCCAAGCCCAAAGUCCUAUUCAGCAGCUGGAUUUAAUCACUGACCUGUUGGGGACUCCUUCUAUGGAGGCCAUGAGAACGGCGUGUGAAGGUGCUCGUGCACACAUUCUCAGAGGACCUCACAAACAGCCAUCCCUUCCUGUUCUGUACACACUGUCAAGCCAAGCAACCCAUGAAGCUGUCCACCUCCUCUGCAGGAUGCUGGUGUUUGAUCCAUCAAAGAGGAUUUCAGCAAAGGAUGCCCUUGCCCACCCUUACCUUGACGAGGGUCGACUACGCUACCAUACAUGCAUGUGCAAAUGCUGCUACACCACAUCUUCUGGCCGUGUUUACACCAGUGACUUUGAGCCUGUCACUAAUCCGAAGUUUGAUGAUGGCUUUGAGAAGAACCUGAGUUCUGUGAGGCAGGUCAAAGAGAUCAUCCAUCAGUUCAUCUUGGAACAGCAAAAGGGGAGUCGAGUGCCACUCUGUAUUAACCCUCAAUCAGCUGCUUUCAAAAGCUUUAUAAGUUCCACAGUGGCUCAGCCCUCUGAAAUGCCUCCAUCUCCGCUGGUGUGGGAAUAGCUGCUGUUGUGUGUCAUCUUUCCCAACUGACAAGCUGCUAAACCAGGAACAAGAAUAUGUCUGAACAUCCACUAUCAUCUACGUAGCAUUUCACUGGAGAGCAGGACUCACAGGUCUGCUGUGCGUAUGCUGAAAUAUUAAAUGAAGAGAGAUCCACUGAUAAUUUCUUUAUGGGAGUGUAUGGGGGUUUGAUUUGCAAAUGAAGGAGAUAAAUCCUCUAUAGACCAAAUCAGAAUGUUUUAAACAAACCCAUCUGGUCACUUUCAGGAAGAUAAGGUUUGAUAGUUAGUGCAUCAUAAUGAAGUACAUUUUGUUUUACUAUGUACAUUAGUACAAAUUUAAAAAUAGAUUUCUAUUUUAAAAAUUCUGUAAUCACAUCAGUUUCCUGUACAAUCAGUCAAUCAAUCUGCAUUAUUAUCUCUUAUUCAGACAAUUGAUUGUAUUUGUGUUGGUUGACUGAUUUUAUAAGAACAUGCUCUCAAGCACAUUGAUAUUUUAACUCAUUAAAAAUAAGUUAUAACGGGCAUGUUUCCCUGUAUCCCCCUAUGUUCCCCUGUAGAUUUGGCCAUCGUUUUUACUUAUGUAACAAUUUAUUUGCCAAAGAUCAGGUGCCUCAUGUAUGAAUGAUGCAUAAACAUGGGUAUUGUGUGCAAAUUUGCAAGGCUUGGGAUUUGCAUAUGUUAUCUAUCUGGUCAUGUUCUACAUUACGCUUAGUCAUGUGUCCGGAUGGUCAGACACUUCAGGUCACAUUGUCAGAGUUCAGUCCUCUUCCAAGUAUCUCCUCCCCUCCCAGAAGCAACAAUGAUUGAAUGAUGAACAGUAUAUUCAUUUCAUGUAUAAUGUGCAUACUUACUUUUGACUUGUUGUAUUUGUAUUGGUGUCAGCACAUUGACAUGCAAAAAGCACAUACUCACUUAAUAUUUUACCUGCCAUUUCAUCUUGCAAUUCCAUAGUUCGUCAUCAUUCAUAAUGGUAUCCUUAAUGCAGAAUACACAUUUUAUCAAUUAAUAGUGGGCAAAACUCCAGUUAUUUACUUAUAUGCCCAAAACACUUUUGUGUAUUUUCAUGGCUAAAUAUAAUGGAGGUGAAUUGAAUUAAUUCAUUGAAUUAAACUGAAUUGGAGCCUUAGACUUUUCAUAUAUUUCUGUCAAAGAAGGCAAGAGUAAACAGAAAUCUACAAAUGUUUUAAAUAUGUGUUUCGCAUAAAGGAAUAUUGCACAUGUAGUAGGACAAGUAAAUGGAUGUAUUUGCUGUUUUAUGAAUGAUUUCAGUGAUGACUGUAUGCAAACGUUUAUACAUGAGGCUCCACAAUAUUUUUAAUCAAGUUGAACCUGUCCCAAUAUGUAAACUUUUUUCAAAAAGGCCAGUAACACCGUUAUUUCUGUUUGGAAUAAUGAAACUGAGUGCAGUGAUUGGCAUACUGCCGUGCUGAAUUUAAAUGGAAUCUGCUUUGGUUUGUAGAUGAAUAAUGUUUUGUUGUUGAGAUCAUCCAUCUGAAGGUGAAGGUUUAAAUGCUCAAUUGCAUGUUACAAGAAGAACAACUGAACCUUUAUGUGAAUAGGAAAUAAGUUUAAAAAAAGGGAUCAGACUAAAAGCUAUCUUUAUACUAUGACCUGCUCCCAAUCGAGAUGACACAACUCAUCUGACUUGUGAAAGCAUACAAUCAUUUUCUGUACUGAUAAAGGGAUAAGGAGCAGAACAGGAAAUUCUCCAGUGCUACUCUACCCCCUUGUUUGACCAGCCAGAGCUCCUCUACGGUAAUAUUCAUUUCAGUACUGGUGCAUGGGUGAACAGUCCUGUCAACCCACCUGAAUAGUUUUUGUUUUUUUUGUGAAUGUGAAAAAAAUCUUGGAACACAAUACAAUUGAAACUGCACUGAAAUGAGAGUGUAUUGUUAGUUAAGAAAAAAUCAGUUUUUCACAAUCUAGGUCUUAUUUUCUUUGCAUGGGCCAUUGUUCCUGUUGUUCAUGAGAGAUUUCACUUAACAGAUUGAUUGAAGGAUGUCAUGCUGGCCAGUGGUCAUAAGAGGCAUUUACUUACCACAUAACUCCUGUGUCUCUGCCUUUAGUUGGGCAGUUAAUUUAGUUAGUUCCUUUCUGGUUCUCGACUGUGACACAGCCUUACAGCAGCAUUCAUAGGGCAACCUCAUGAGGCAUCAGGCAUGCUUUGACAAGUCCAGCUAUGGUACCCAAACCACUUAGUUGGACUUAACACACAGGAAAUUAUUCAGUAUAUUUCCCAAACUGUCUGUUUGGAGAUUACUCAUUCAGUCUUGCAGAGCUACUUCCUGCUUUGACCUGCUGUGCGUUCUCCACCCUGAGGUGGACUAGAUUCUCUGUUGCUAGUAGAUAUGUUAUUUUAACAUAGGAGAAAUAGUUAUUUUGAAGUGAUUGUCUGUGCACUCAUUUUGUUUGUUCUAUUGGUUGUAAAGCUGUACUCAUAAGUGAUAGGGAUGAUGGCCAGCACUAUGAGAAUCAGACCGAGAGUAUGAAGAAAUCCUUAGAAAUACUAUAGAACCUUAGAGAAAUAAUGUGGCUGUGGUAGCAUAAUGCAGGCCAGAUCCAGUCUUCCCUUGGAGACUGCCUUUGUAAAAACAAGGGGUCUGCUGUGCUUAUUCUUUAGACUAUAAGGACUAAUGAGGAACAGCCAUUGUGUUAUGAAUAAAAUGUCAAAAUUAAUGGAAAAUGUACCAUGGUAAAGAAGCAGUUAAACCAGCAAUAUCAUUAUGUAAGAGUGUUCAUUCUUUGUUCUGUCAACUUGAAUACAUCACCAGAUACUAUUGACUGACUUUUCGUCAAGGAUUGCAUUUAAGCAGCUCACCAUAGGACAGAAACAAGUAGCAUGUGAAUGAUGUAUAAAUGAUGGCAUGGUCUCAUCAGUAUGGCUUUUCUAAAUUGUAACCCACUGCUAAAGUGUGCCCUGCUCCUCCUCAUACAUGUACACUGUCUCCAGGGGAAAGAGCUUUGAAGUAAAUUAUUUAAUAUAUUUUUAGAAUUGUUUUUCUAUUCCUGUCCUUGUGUCCUAUGGCAUGCAUUUUCUCACACCUCAAAGUAUGAUUAUGUAUAUAUGUUAAAUAGAGAGGUAAAUCUACACACAACCUAAAAACAAUACCACUGUAUAGAAAUUGUAUUAGCCUGUGCAUUUCUAAGGCUGUGAAGUUUAUUUUAUUUUUAAAACUUGCAUACAAAUGUAUAUAUUUUCUUGAUUUUUACCCUGGGACUAGAAUCUGUAGAGGACAACAAAUCCUAUAAUGAUUCACAGUCAUAAGUGUAUCUUGUGUGUACAGCAGAGUUGUAGAUAUAUCUAAGGAGAAGCCUUUCUUUGUUAUUGUCGUUAAUUAUUUAAUCACAGCAGCACUGUGUGACUAUGUAUAUAAAGGAUUCACCAUGUUGGUCUCUACCUCUUGAGCUCAAUAACUUGGCUUUGUUUACCCCCAUGUGUUUCUGAUUUCAUGUGGGGGUAGAAUUGAAAAUACUUGAAUGUCUAUUCAAGCUUUUAUACUGAAAUUAUUAAGUAUACUACAACUCCCUCCACCCCCUGCAGACAUUUCUUUGCACUAUCCAUGUGCAAAGCAUUCACCUGAAAUUUUGAAUCAUCAGAUGUUUGUAUUACAAAGUCCUACCAAUAGCCAAGGGUUCCCUGACUGUUAGUCAUUUUUCACUCUUUGAUAGGAUCGGAUGUUAUGGGGAGGCAGAGUCACUACUUACACCACAGUGGCUGUGUUCAAAGCUCAGUAUCAAGGACUCAAUUUGAUACAGAGUUAAUUUUUAAAGUUUCACAUGACACAUUAUCUUCUUUUGACUUCUUUUCAGGCUAUCGAGAAGUAAACCAGUGUUUCAUUUGUUUUUUUUUUCAGGCUGUAGUAGAUAUGGUUGGGCUUCAGUGGCAUUUAAUCAGAUCACAGUAGUGUAUCCACUUAUUGAAUCUGAAUCCUUCCCUGUCCCUUAAUGAAUUGAGUUUAGAUUUACCUUUCAAUAAGUAACUAAAGUUAUAGAAUUAAAUCUAGAUCUGUCAUCAAUUGUUUUUGCUUAAAAACAUUGAUUUAUGAAAUUGUUUGCCAGUAAAAAAAAAACAGCAAGGAGAGAUUAAGUGGUUAGUGG